UUGUGGGGGAAAUGCUCGGCGGACCGUGAAGCGUAACAGCAAGAAGGGGGACAAAGACGCACAUAGCGGGACAAAAUGCGACAGAUAGAAACCUCUUCCAAGUAAGAAAAAAAAAACAUCGGAAUGCGUGGAUGGAUGUUAAAAGUGGCAGAACUGAGAAGAGGAGUCGAAACUAACAAUGGCAAGAAAGAUGAGUUCAAGUGUACAAUCUGAGUUGUGGACAACUACCGUGGUUGGACCUCUCGUUAACUUUGGAUAGCUCUGCGGCGCGUUGCAGUGUUUCGCCUCGUCCGUGCACCGAUGGCAUGGAGCAGACACACACCGCAGUUUGGAGCACGAUUUCCCUCUUUUGAACGGACAUGCUUCCCGGAAUGAUUGUUUCUGCGCUGGUUCUCUCCUUUGCAGCCACGCGUGGUGAUUUCCCCUGUGUCAGAUCCUGACUUCCACUGUUGCAAAGCUGACCAGGAGGAGGCAAACUCAACUACCGUCCAAGUUUGUGGAUGAUUUCUAAACGAUCAAGUGUAUUUCUUCCCGACUGUGCUGGUAUUAAAGUGUUUAAUUCCCAAAAACCCAUGUAUGGAAUAUUUAUAUGAACUUCAGUCUGUGAGGUUCAGUGUGUAAAUUGUCCUUAUCCUAAUGUGCUGGUGGAGAAAGUGCAUGUCGCCGAACUACAACUCCAUCCAAGCAUGAAAUGUUGGUGCAGCGCCCUGGCACUUCUCCCAUGGGUGCUGGUGGCCAUCGAUGCCCAGCUAAUCUGCUGGCAGGCUCUCCUUCGGUGCCACGACGAACCUGAAUGUGAACUUGCGUACAGUCAGUACUUAGCGGCCUGUGAAGGAAACAUCAGAGGAACGAGGAGGCAGUGUCCGAGCCACUGCAUCAACGCGCUGAUAAGACUGAAUCACACCCGCAGCGGGCCGGACCUGGAGACCUGCGACUGCGCCCAGGACCUGGAGUGCCUGAGCGCCAAACGUGCCAUAGAGCCGUGCCUCCCCCGCAGGUACCCGAGCGAUGCCGGGGGCAUUGGCUGCAUGGAGGCCCGGCAGCGCUGCGAGGAAGAUAGCAGCUGCCACACCUCCCUCACGGCCUACUUGUCAUACUGCGGGCAGCUGUUCAAUGGCAGGAAGUGCUCCUCUAAGUGUAAAGCCACCAUUCAGCAGAUGCUGUUCAUCCCAAAUGGCAUGCUGCUGAACCGCUGUGUUUGCGAUGGGGUAGAGAGGCCUUUCUGUGAAGUGGUCAAGGAGAACAUGAGCAAACUUUGCUCCAUAGGAGACCACAAUGUUAUUUCAGACCAGCCUGAUGUGGACGACAUGUAUGAGGAUGAGGACUAUGACCCUAAAAGUGACAAAGAGGAGGUGUAUACUGACCAUUCCUCUGCUUCUCAGGGGUUUUCCAGCUGCCUGACACUCCUGGUUCUUCCUCUAGCAAGGAUAUUAUACUGAGAUGAUGGGCAGGCCUGCUCGAAACAUUUGUUGGCUUUAUAAAUGAUAGUGUGACACUUGGGGAAAAUGACUGCUCAAGAUCUCCAGUGGGGGUUUAGUGACUUGCUCAAAGACACUACAGCACAGUAAUGUCUUGCUGGCACAGAAUUCGAACCCAGGUUUGCUGGAUAAGGAAAGUUAUUUUUCUCAGCCACAGGACUCCCUGCCAUGCCAUUGGCUGUGUGGAGACACAGCGCACAGUAGUGAUUUGUGUAGGCUUUCCACAACCGUACAAUUUGCAUAGUAAUUCAUCUUCAUGCACAUCUCACUCAGGAAAAACUGCUCUUUUGAUUUGUGAUUCAAGCAUUCCCAUAGAUGGCCUUGUAGUCCUCUGAGAUAACUGUUCACUUUUUGCUUAGUGGUAAAAAGCCUGUUGUCAAAAAUGGCAAAAAAAAAAAAACUUUCAGGUGA